GAGCCUUGUGCAAAGCUAACUUGCGCGAUGUUUCGUCUUUAACAUCUGGUAUACACAUGAAUGCGCGUCUCUUCUGCAGGAUUAUGCGUUUUUCCGCGUGAUCCGACAUCUCUGGUGGUUGCAAAUUGACGCAUUCCUGAGUUGUUUUGGAGGGAGAGGAGCCUCCAUUUUCCUGGGCUGGCUGCUGCAGCAACACGGCGGGAAGGCUAGCUGGGUAUGCGGCUAGGCUAACCCCUCUACAAGGCGAAGAAAACCACAGCGAGCGGGGGGGCUUGCGGGUACUGUCCCUUUGACGAUACUUUUGUUGACUGCAAAAUACUCCCAGCAUGCUGAUGGUGGGAGGCGAUGGACUGCUGCACUAGAAUGAGUGUGAGGGAGCUGUGUGAGACGGAUGACCUGGCCACCAGCCUGGUGUUGGACCCACUCCUGGGCUUCAGCACCCACAAGAUGAACAUCAGCCCCCCUCCUGAGGUGCGGCGAUGGGGGAACUUGAAGGAGACUCUGCUGAGGUUCCAGAGGACGCGGGACUUCGACGCCACGUUUGAGGCUCUGACCGAUGGCGAACUGGCCGGGACCUUUUUCAACGCUUUGGGCUCGCACCGGCAAGAACUGCUCCGGCAGCAUGUGUACCGUUACCUGAGCGCCUUUCUGUUGGACAGCGGAGUGAAGCUGGAGUCAUGUGAUCGAUACUCCUCCGAGACCAACGGGGCCAAGAUCACCGCCACGAGACACUGGUUUGUGGGGGAGCGCGUGGAGGUGCUGCUGGGCUGUAUCGCAGAACUGAGUCCCUCUGACAGUGCAGUGCUUCGGGCUGGCGUAAACGACUUCAGCGUGAUGUACUCCACACGGAAACGCUGCGCUCAGCUGUGGCUCGGCCCGGCGGCGUUCAUUAACCACGACUGCAAGCCAAACUGCAAGUUCGUCCCUAGUGAGAAGAACGUGGCGUGUGUCGAAGUCGUCCGCCCAAUCGCGCCCGGCGAAGAGAUCACAUGCUACUACGGGGCCAGCUUUUUUGGCGAAGGCAACGAGAUGUGUGAAUGCUGCACCUGUGAACGGAACGGAGAAGGUUAUUUCAAGCAGAAAGGAAAGAAGCCCGACUCAGAGGAGACAAAAGAUUCACAGAAAUAUCGACUGAGAGAGCGAUACCUUCACAAACAUCGAGAAAAAGGACAUUUGAAUCGUCAGAUCACUCCUGGAGCACACACAGCCAUCCCCUCCAGAAACUCCUUCACGCAGCAGAUGAGAAGAAAUGCUCUGAAAAACCGACAGCUGGCGAAGCGGUGGCGACAUCGACGAUCACCAAAACGUCUCUUGAACAAAAACAAACCAUCUGGACUUAAGCGCGUCAAAAAUCUACCACUUUUGUCCGAAGUGACACUACGAGAGGUACAAGUCCGAAUCCGGCGCCACUCUGUAGAUUUCCUAUUGAGCUGUAAGGACCCGAAAAGCAAAGAGCGUGCUUUGCUUCUGCAGCUGGAAGAAAUUAAACCAAAAGAGAAGACGUCACAUCAAAAACAAAACGGUUCUUCGGAGAUAAACUUAAAACCAUUUGGCCUGAAAUCCUCCAUCGCGCCACGCAAAAGUGGGCAACAAUUUCAAAACACAAGCAUUAAGAAGAAGUGCGUAAAAGUGCCAGAUAGACGAGUAAUUCAUUUGAGGACCUCUUCAAGGACAAGGAGCAAAGAAAGUCAGGCUAUUUCUGAUAACAACAAGGAUAAUAAAAAGUCUACGGAGCUAGCAAACAACACCUGCAGUGCAAUCAAACCAGAAGACGCUAUGAAGCAAUCAGCUGAAGAUGUUAAGAAAGUAACUGUAGAAGAGACUACUACAAAGGACACGACGCUACACCGAGCUAUUCCUAUCAAAACAACUUCCACACCCAAGUCGACCCCAGCCAAGGAAGUCAAAAAGGUUGCGAAAAAGACCAAGGACAAUCCACAGCAUGCGUUCAAGCAAUAUCUCACUAUAAGUCUCACGAGAGUAACAAUCCCGCAAGAAAAAGUUGACGUUAAGGAGAUUAGAAAGCAAGUUUGCAGGAGAACCAAGGGCCCAAAAAGCGUGCAACUGCUAAAGGCCCAGAAAAGAGAGGAAAUGGAAUUAGAAGUGUUGCAAAAGCAGAAAGACGCCUUUUUAGGGACCGCAGAGGGUAGAACGGGGGUUAAAGAAAUGCUGUUCAAAGCUGGUGAUAAAGUCAGUGUGCAAGAUGCUACUCAUACGGUGGAUAUGUCUACGAAGGAAAGCGUAAAAUCUUUACAGAAGCAGAAACCAGAGAAGAGAACGUUGAGGCAGAAGCAAGUAGAUGUCAGUGUAGAACCAGCAGAGGGCAGCACUGGAGUUAAAGAGAUGCUUUUUAAGACUGGUGAUAAGGUUAGUGUGCAAGAUGCAAAGAGUGACAGUGUAGCUGCAGCUUCCAAGAAAAACAUGCGUGAAAGCGUGAAAACUGUACAAAACAUGGAAAAACUAAAGCUGGAAAGACCUGAAAAACGGUCACUACGGCAACAGAAGCAGCUAAGUGCCAGCGUAGAAACAACUGAAGUAACAGCUGGAGUUAAAGAAAUGCCGUCUAAAGCUAGUGAUAAAGUCAGUGUACAAGAUACGAGUAAUGCUGAUAAUGCUGAUUUGACUUCUAGAGAAAGUUUGAAAAAUGUGCCAGAAAAGAGGACUUUGAGAAAAAAACAGGUAGGUGCCAGUGUAGAGACUGCAAAAGCGGGUACAGGGAUUAAAGAAAACAUCGCUAAAGUUGACGAUAAGGCCAGCGUACAAGAGUCAAGUAAUAAUGUUGACGAUUUAAAUUGCAGGAAAACAGGUAAAAUUGUCCAAAAACCAGAGAAGAGAGCAUUGAGAUGUACGCAGAAACAGGUAGGAGCCAGUGUAGAUGCAGCAGAUGGCAACACAGGUGUGAAAGAGAUGCUAUUUAAAACUGGUGAUAAGGUGAGUGUACAGGAUAAGAGUAAUGAUGGUGACGACUCGACUUGCAGGGAGAUUUCCGUGAAAGAAAAAGUAGAGAAUAAACAGGAAGAGAAGCAAGCAGAGGAACAGGCAAAACAAGACCAGCCAAAAGACGUAAGCAGGGUUGAAAUGAAAGAAACUGAAGCGAAAUCGACGCAAAAUUAUACAAGAAUUCAGAAAGCGAAGAGGUCUAGUGGUAGGAUUUUUACUUCCAAAGAGGAACUGGCGAGUACAAGCAAAGAACUCAAGGAAGAUGAUUGUCUCACUAUGAAAUACGCUAAAGUUAUCUUGUUGGACAUUUUGAAAACUGACAAAGCAAAAUUGGAGCAGGUUUUGCAGAAAGAUGUAGUGGAAGUUGCGCAAACUAUAUUCACAAGUAAUGAAGUAACACAACAAGGUAUUAAACAUAGAAAAGUCAUGUCUAGAGCUGCUAGGUUGCGAGCUGAAGCCAAUAUUAGGGCCAGACGACGCAAUGGAAAAAACAUUGAUACUAAUACCAACGCUGAAUUAAUUGGGGAAAAUGCACAGCUUGGGAAUGAUAUUUGUGAUAAGCAACCAGCAAAAUGCCUAAACAGCCUACCUCACAAAAUGGUUUCAACAAAAGCUAAUUUACAAUCACACAUACAGUCAAAUAUACCUCUGAAAAAGCGUACAUUUCAUAGCGCCGUGGAUGAAGCUGAACUAGAAACGGGGGCUGUAGAAGUUGCUAAAGAAGCUGGAGAUUUUAGCGCAUCUGGGGUGAAAGUUGGCACAAAAUUGGGUCCAAAAGACGGUAAAUUGAGACGGUUAAGGAAAGAUAAGAAGAAAUUGGCCAAUAAGAAAAAGUCUAGAUCCAAUACUAUGAAGAGAGUGCUUAGGCCAAGAGCCAACCAGCCGCCACAAAGUCCGGUAUUGGCUUCCCGAGAAAGAAAAUGCAAAUUAGGGAAAAAGAUUUAUGUUGUAGACGGGGACGAGGAUGUUAUAGACGACACACAGGAUGCUAAAAAUGAUAAUGGCGAUAACAAUAUGGUCCUAAGAAGAAACGUAAAAGCAGAGACGGAGUUUGUGCCUCUUGAUCAGAGCGAGUUUGAUGAGACAAAAGCAGGAACUAAUUUCAAAAUCCGCUUCAAAAGACGCAGGGGAAAACUUUGGGAGAUGGAAAACUCCGGGUUUGAUAAUCUCGUGUUAAAGAAAGAAAAGAGAGACGAGGCUGCAGAUUGCGAUCCAUUUAAAGCCAUCAUGGAUUCUGUAUCAAUUUUGAAUAUGGAAAUGGAAGCUGCGAGGGCCCAUGUGCAUGCCAGCUUAAAAUCAAAGAACAGAUUGCACCGGUUGAAAAAAAGAGGUGAGAGACGAACUGUCAGUCUACCCGCCGAUGUAAACUUGGACAGUAAGAACGUGCCAGGGGAUAAGAAGGAAGCGGUUGAAACAGGAGUUAAAGUGUACCCAGAAAAGACAGAAAUUACUGUGGUGAAAGAACCUAAAAUUGAAGAUAGGUUUUCUCAGCCUUGUUGUAUGUUUGAGCUAAAGCAAGAGCUAAAAGAUGCCAACGGACAUCUGCUACCUGUGCUAAAACUGCGUCGGCGGACAGAAGAUAUAUGGGUGGUUGACGAUGAUGUAGAGAAAGAAACUAAAGCGGAACCACAAAAUAUAAUAGAAACAAAGGCGCCCGCUGUGGUUAAACAAAAAAGAAAUUUGUUGGAUAGCCUCAAGAAAGAUGACACACCAAAUAAAAUAACUACACUUUUGAAGACCGAACCGACGUCUUCUCUGGCAUUGUCACUAGCGCCGCUCAGCAUAGCUUCACAGCAUCCUCCAAAUGAGAAUAUUAAAAACAACACAGAGAGGCCGGAGGUGGGCAGUGGAGGAAGGAAGCAAAGGCACAAAAUGGAGAGACCUCGCAAGUGUGGGCCCGCAGCUGACCCUCCUCCCACCAGCUCCGCGGCCAGCCAAGCCAACACUUGCCUUAGUCACACUCUCCAGCAAAUCGACAAUAGUCUAUCCCGGUUGUCGGAAGGCUUGUGUUCAUCCCAAACUUUGGAAAAAACUAGCCAACAACCGCAGCAACCGCCAUGUACAAGCGCUCCGAGUUCAGUUAUCCAACCGCCAUCGCAGUUCCCACCAUUCACAACUGCAGACAACAUGCUUUCCGGAGAACCAAACUUCACCAACUGCUGUGACGAUAUACUCGAUUUUCAGUGUUUGAAUUUUGAAGGCUACUACCAACCCCAAAAUAUUCUCCCAUCUUCUCCAUCUGAUCUGUGUUCAUUGGAUCCGCCUACCGAUCCGUUUAGCAGCCCUCUUUCACAUAGCCCUACAGAGGCAUGGACGACUGAAACGCCAUAUUUAGGACCGCCAAGCCCGAGUAAUAACUUCGCCAGUGAAGAUUUUUUCCCCGGUCUCAUCCCAUCUUCCAAAAACGAAUCGGUUCCAAUUGAUUGUGAAGCAAAAGACAGUGCUAAAGAUAAGCUUCCAAUCAAUACAGGAUUUAAUUUCAACGCACCCAGUAGCUCCGAUAUGAUUGCAAAAGAUAGGAUUAUUACAAAAACUCCAAUAGUCCGAUCGCUCGCAAAGGAAGAGCCCAAAUCACAGCCAUAUUCUGUUGUAAAUAAGCCACGUCUUCUCCCACCCUCAUCUUCAAUUUCAUCACAAAGUCCUGUAAAUUUGUCUCAAUCAGCUCUGAACCUGAAACCCAUCACUAGCCAUUCUAAACUGCACACUAGUAGUAGCAGUAGUGGUACUAGUAGCAGUAGCAGCAGUAGUAGUACUCUUAAAAACCAAGGAACAUUUCAUCGCCCAAGCAUUCCUAGUAAGUCCUCCCAAUCUUACUCAUCAAGUCACAUCAAUACAGUUAAGGAGCAGACUACAAUACCCAAAAUACAGAACUCGCCUAUCGCAAAUAAGCUUCUCUCACCUCAGUUAUUUAACUUGAAAAAUAACAACAACUCUUCUGACAAUGUUUUUAACUUCCACGAAAAGACUUCUUCUGUCAUUCAAAGGGUGCUUAAGUUCCAAGGGGGCAAUACGACGCAGGAUUUGUAUAGCAGCGCUCCGCCGAGAGAGACGCCAUCUUCCAGCUCAAAAGUUCAUUUAAAAUCAAACGAAAAAAGCCAGCAACAUAAAGUUUCAGCAAGCAGCCAUCAUAAAACAAGCACCGCCCAACAGUUUGCGACCUCAAAAGACACAUCGUCUCAUAGCGCUUCCUCUUCCAGUCGAUCCAACGUGCAAUUCACCAAACCUAGCACGUCCUUCCCUCUGCCCAAAACUAAAACUCCAACUGAAAAACAAGAAAGCUUCGAAGCUAACUUGUACAAAAACUUCUCAGCGCUACCUAGACCAUUUUUCUUUCCGAGCAAAAUGACAGAAAGCUACAUGAUGAGUCAACAGGAAAAGGCCAUGAAGCAGGAAAAAUCCGGCUUGUCAAACGCAGAUAAACAUCAACUUGGUUUUACCCAGCAAGACCCAUUUGAUUUUAGCUUUGGUUCAACUCUGUCAUCGCCAAUGCCUCAGCACAGCAGCCCGCAAAUCAUUCAAAGCACUCCUCCGGGUACGCCAGUCCCUACAAGCAAAGCCCAACCAGCUCUGUCAUUCCCGUAUGGAUACCAAGCAUUGCCGAAUAUUUUAAGCUUCACAGGUGACCACUCGCUAACUUUGGGUCUCCGAGAUGGUCCAGAAGGUUACCCAGGACUUGGCGGCGCGAACUACACCUAUCACUGUCUCAUGGAGCCUUCAGGGACCCAAGGGCGGCUAGUUUUGGAGCCGUGCGGACCGCAGCUAACCAAUCCGGCUUCCUUUUCUUUGGGUGGGUUUGCAGGACUUAAAACACAAGAGGAACAUUGCAGAAAGGACUUGCAGCAGCAGUGUCAGCCUAAUGAGCAACAACAGCAUAGCGCAUCUCAUUACGGCACGGUCCCAAGUUCGCACUCAAUGGGGUCCAACAAGCCCAAAAGAGUGAGGCUAGUGGUGACCGAUGGGACCGUAGACCUGGACUUGCAGUAUUCAGACUAAUAUAAUAAAUUAUGUGUUUCUUUGUAAGUUUUCGGACAUAUUAUGAUACCUACACACUGUCGUCAAGCGAGAAUUGUCUCCGUGUUGGCAACGUCUUCUCUCACUGGCUAAAGAAUCAAAUUUUAAAAGGUCUAUAUGAAAAGUGCAAGCAAAUGGUUUCAAGUCUGUAGUACCCGGCCACCAGCCAAACAACCAACCAAAACUGUAAAAAUAGUUCUUACUAAUAGUGUGUAGUUAUUAUAAUGUUUUGCCCUUAUUCAAACUUGUUAAGUCUAAUUACAAUUGAGAAUUUUCUUAGCAUAGUGUACAAAGUAUUCAUGUUUUCACUAAUGUUGUGGGAAAAUUUUUACAAUUUACACAAAAAAAUAAAUGUAUAAAAUGCAUUGAAUACACUAUUUGACAAGGGUUGAAAUGCCCCCAAACUGUUGUACUGUAAUAUAGUUGCAAAUUGAUUUUGUUUUUCUAUACAAUGUAUGGACGUAGAGAUUUAGGCUUAAAAGGCAGUUUUGUGCCUAUGUAUUUGAUAAAUGUUCUUGUGAUUUUUCAAGGCAACUAUUUAUCACUAAUUAUUCCCUUUUGUAAAUGGUCCUAGGGUGAGCGGUGCACGUGGAGUCUCUUAAAGGGACAGUACAGUUUUUUUCCCUUGUAUUAAUAUGGUAUUCUGCCGAGAUGAAUGGGGGAACUGUCCAAGGUACUAUACUUUUUUAAAUGGAUAUUUUGUACUUCUCAGACAUAGCAGACCAAGUCUAUUAGUUUUGGGGUUUUUUUCUAAUCAAAGAAUUGUUUAGUUUUAUUUUUAUUGGGUAUUUGGCCUCUAAAUACUAAAGGAUUCUAUGAUUAUGUAGGCUACCAGUGCCCCUCAGAUUACAUUCAGGAUGUACAAAAAACUUGCUUUUUAUGAUCUAAUUUGAGGUAAAAACUGUACUAUCCUUUUACACUCAUCAUGGUUUGGUCAAAUAUUCUGCUACAUUUAACUAAAAAGUACCUAAUGUUGCAUUAAGGAAAGGUGCAUGUGUAAGUUCUGUAUAAAGUAUACACAUAGUUAUAUAUAAAUAUAUAUAUAUAUGGUUGGGUAAUUCAGUACUACAUGUGAGCGUGGCAUUAGCUGCAGUGGAUAAAUGAAUGGGAGCCAAUGCAAUAUGUUUUCUUCUCUAGCUAAAGCAUCAACAUGGGACAUGCGACAUACCCAGUAGUUACAUAUUAUAUACGUCAAACAUGACAAUCUCUGACUGAGUGAGCCCUGCUUAUUUGUACAUUUAACAGGUUUGUGAAUAUUAUGGACUGAAUUUGGGUCUUCAUCACCUGCACAGUUACUUCUUUUGGUGUUGUUGGAGUUACAUUGUUUAUAUUGAAUCUAGAGUUAUAUGUUGUGAGUUUUGCAGAAAAAAACAGCCUUGCUUCCCACAUCGACUUGUACUGUCUUAAAAUUAUUUAUUUGAAUAAUAUUGUCAUUUUCAAAAUGGUGCUUUAUUGUAAUUUAUAUUUCACAUUGAUUGUGCAUAUAAGACAUCCUUGUUUUUGUAUUUAAUCCAAUAGAAAAUGAACUGCAGAUUUGACAUAUAUUUAAGUUCAAUACAACUGUUUCUGUUUUUAAAAAGCAAAAUGUGUUAUUAUAAAUUGGCAGUUAUUGAGAAUCUGCUGUAGAAAUGUACAAUUGUAGUCUAUAUCAUUAAAGACAUUUAAUUCUUUUGGU